GUAGCAGUAGCAGUAGAUAGAGACAGCAGAGCUACGGUUACUGCAGCAGGCAGGAGAGAUUGUCCUUUAGCUGUGCACCAUUUACCGCUGCAUUCUCUCCUGCUCUGAGAACGCCGUUCUAAUUCUCGUGUUCUCUCUCUCUCUCUCUCUCUCUGUUUCUCUCCCUCCUCCUCCCUCACCUUCUGUCCCCUUUCCCUCCCUCUCUUUCUCUAGCAGUGAUGGGGAAGACCACCAUGUAGAGACGGAAAGGCAGCGGAGGCAACAGCAGAAUAGCAGCAAUGGGAAGCAACACAUGGAGUGGUUUUGGACUGCAGCCGUGGUGAGCCUGAGACCUACAGGACUUGACACCACCAUCAUUUCCCUUCUCAGGACCUGACCACUGGGGCUUUCCAACGCUCACCUGGAUGCUCCCCACUUGUGUUUCAUCAUCCCCUCCUCUCCUCGUUUGCUGCUGCUCUUUCUCCUUUUCUUCUGUUUCUCCUCUUUGAUGGUUUUGGUCUACUGAUAUCUGACAGUCAUUCCUGAACCAGCAAAACUGCUCAUCGAUUAACCCCCCCCGGAUUCCCCCCCCCUCCCUUUUUAAUCGCUCUGUCUGCCUACUUAACCUACAAGUGGCAUUCUUUCCCCCUUUUUUGGUUGGUUGCCUGCUUGAUACCUAUUUUGGAUUUUUUCAGAUGAGCCUGAGCUCAUCCCUCAGUUGUGCAAGGUUUUUGAUUGAUCUAUAAGCAAUAAGAAACACUUAUCUAUCUGACUUGACAAGCUGACAUCAUGGGGGACAUGUCCAACAGCGAUUUUUAUGCCAAGAACCAAAGAAACGAGGAGAACCAUGCGGCAGGCUUCGGCUGCUCGGUCAUGGAUCUGCGCUCGCUCAUGGAGCUGCGUGGCACAGAGGCGGUGGUCAAGCUCCAGGAGGACUACGGGGGUGUAGAGGGACUGUGCAAACGACUGAAAACCUCACCAACAGAAGGUCUCGCAGGUGCCCUACCUGACCUGGACAAGAGAAAAGAAAUAUACGGUAAAAACCUGAUACCUCCAAAGAAGCCAAAAACCUUCCUGCAGCUGGUAUGGGAAGCCCUGCAAGACGUCACCCUCAUCAUCCUGGAGCUCGCUGCCCUGAUCUCCCUGGGCCUCUCCUUCUACCACCCUCCUGGAGAGAGUGGCGGAGAGUCCUGUGGCGCAGCAGCAGGUGGGGUAGAGGAUGAGGGCGAGGCAGAUGCCGGCUGGAUCGAGGGUGCAGCUAUCCUGUUGUCGGUGGUGUGUGUGGUGCUGGUGACGGCCUUCAACGAUUGGUCGAAGGAAAAGCAGUUCCGUGGGCUGCAGAGCCGCAUUGAGCAGGAGCAGAAAUUCCAGGUGGUCCGCGGUAGCCAGGUCAUACAGCUGCCAGUGGCUGAUAUAGUGGUGGGGGAUAUUGCACAGAUCAAAUACG